UAAACAAGUGGAUAAUACUAUUAUGUUUGAUCAGUCUUCUGGUGCUCAAGAAGAUGCUCAAAUGCCCAGCCAGUCAGACAACAGUAGAGGAAACAUUUCACAGAUAUCUAUGUCAUCUCAGGUAAUACAAGUGGAAACCUGUUUUGAUCGGGAAGCUACUUCUGAGAAAAACAACUUCCCAUGCAAAAAUCCAGAUGUCGGUCUAACUAAAAAAGAACAUAUGAGUGUGGUGGUUAAAUCUGAACCUUUGAGUUCUCCAGAGCCUCAAGAUGAAGUGAGUGAUGUCACUUCUCAAGCAGAAGGCAGUGAGUCUGUUGAAGUGGAAGGAGGAGUGGUGACUGCAGAGAAGUUAGAACUGAGUCCUGAAAGCAGCGAUUGCAGCUUUUUUGACCCACAGUCUAGUACUGAUAGGGUUGGAGACAUCCAUAUUAUGGAAGUGUCAAAUAACCUGGAACAUAAUUCCACUUUCAGUAUCUCAAAUUUUCUGAAUAAAAGCAGAGGUAGCAACUUUGGUGCAAGUCAAAAUACCAGUGACAACAUUCCAAAUACAAUAAGUGACUGCAGAAUGGAUAGUGAUGCCUCUUACCUAUUGAGUCCAGAGUCCGGGACUGCUAAUGGUCAUUCCUCUGCUAUGGUUUCUCAUGCAAAUAAUCCAUUCAGUGAGCCUUCAGAGUCUCAUUUUCUUAGACCAAUGCAGGAUAUGAUGGGUCUUCCAUGUGUACAGACUUCCGGGUACUGGGCUACAGAACAAUUUGGUCUUGAUUUCCCAAGGUCAAGCUUGGGCCUGCACUCUUUGUCAAGGACAAUGAUGGGCUCCAUAAGAGGUGGAGCUAGUGGUUUUCCUGGCUAUCGUUGCAUAGCCCCCAAAAUGCCUGUUGUGACCUCUGCUGGGAGCUCCCAGCUACAAGAUAACCCUUCCAGUCCCCAGCUGUUAAUCAAUGGGACCACUUCUUUUGAGAAUGGACUUCCUUCACAACCUGGUCCACUACAGUUGACAAGGGCAUCUGCCGAUGUUCUUUCAAAAUGUAAGAAGGCCUUAUCUGAACACAAUGUGUUGGUUGUAGAAGGUGCUCAUAAAUAUGCCUGUAAGAUCUGCUAAGACUGCAAGAAGCACAUUCAUGUGCAUACACGAGAAAAGCCUUAUGCCUGUUUUAAGUGUGGCAAAUGGUUCAGCCAGUCCAGCCACCUAUAUAAACAUUCCAAAACAACCUGUCUGAGGUGGCAGAGCAGCAAUCUACCUAGCACUUUGCUUUAAUCUCCUCCACUCCAUAGCCUCAUGGGAAUGCUAAUACAAAUUUAUAAGACUAGAGUAUUUGAGGAAUAUCAAUGCUAUUUUGUUCAAGGCUGAGAAGCUGCCCUUAUAGAUUAGUGAAUGCUUGUGUGUGAAAUUGUUACAAACACAGAAGUCUUGAUUCUGUAAAUUGGCGAUAAUGCCAUAUUUACUUCACUUGUGGUGGUUUCACACUGAUGCACAUCUAAACACCACAAUCACUCUCUCAUUCCCUCUCCUCAAAGGGUGGGGGGAGGAAAGUAUGAUGGGAAAGAAAAAGGCUCACAGGUUAAGAUAAGAAUAAUCUAAUUAAAGGGAAAAGAAA